AUGGCAAUUCAUGUUGAUCCACGAAAGCAUGAGCUCUUAGAAGCCAGGAUCCAAGGAUCUGUGAUAAACGAUAAAAAAUUAACCAGUGUUGUCCCUACCGGAACACUCGGUAACCUCUCUGCAGAUGCCCCUGGUGGCACUUACCUUCAAGGCUCAGAGCUGAAUCCUAUCGAGUCUCCUGAUCACUCUGUUUCCGGUGGUGACGUAGAACACUUAAGCACCACCAAUAGUAGCGAGCAGAUCAGGCCAAUUUAUUUAAUCCCUGAGUCCCACAUCGAAGGCUCUACUUGUAUAUCUACCUCCAACCCAGUUCACGCAUUUUUUCCGCCAAAUAACCAAUAUGAGUUGUGUGAAAAGCAGAGUUGCAUCGGUGAAAAUCUCCCUGCAGCAUUGUUGGCCGUCCAUCAUCCGGUCGUGAACUCCCCUGGCCAACGAGUGGACUCGACCUAUUCUACUCUCACUCCUGCCGGUAGCUUAAGUCAGCAGCCUAGUUUUUUGAUGAUGGUAAACGUCUGUGAACCAGAUAAUACAAAUAGCCGAGUAAGCACUGCCGAUAUUCAACCUGUGCCCUCCUAUGUAAAUCAUUUCCCCAACCCCUGUACCCAUUGUUCUAACCAAAAUUUGGUCACUCGAGUUACCUCAGAUUCAAGCCAUGGAAUCGUAAAUAAUAAACCCUCUCAAAAUACUGGAAAUGAAUUGGAAAGAGUUCUGUCUCCCGGUGCGCCCAUAACUGCCUCUCCUGUAGCCAAUAAGUCAGAUAACCCCGUUGCGAAGUCAGAUUCUUCAUAUCCUCAGGGCAGAGCUACAGUCGUGCCUAUCCUCGAAAACAACUUGUCUUCACAUGGGUGCUCAUCCAGAAACAACAUCAUUUUAAAAUCUUCCGCUAAAAGGAAGCGUAGGGGUCCGAUUUUUGAUGAAACACAACAGCCAAGAAAAAUGCAGUGCAAAGACCGUGGCACUAAAAGGAUUGAUGAGCUUUUCAAGCCCUUUCCAGGAAUGAAUCUUCCAUCAUCUGAUGUCGGCGUUAGCCAAAAGCUUUCACCUGGCAAAAUUUAUCCCCCAGCUAAUAUAGCAUUAGGAGCAGCAAAUAGUGAUAGUUCUAAUGAGGCUUUUGUCCCUUCAUUAGUUACAGUCGCAACUCCUGAUGCCCAAAUUCACAAUCAGCCUCAUUCAUACCUUCCAUUUCCAUAUCAGCAGCAACAGCAAAAGGGUAGCAGUUGCCCCCAAGCAAACUCUCCUAUUAUUUCAAACGGACCUCCAGGGGCUCCCGUGCCUAUUCCUGAGUCACCAGCUGCUACUCCCAGGCUCCAGCCCAAUCCUCCCGGAGUUAAUUUCCCUCUUUCUCGCUCGGGUUCUUCUUCUCCAGUUGGACACCCGCAGCCCGGAACUCUGAAUCUGGCUCUGACAUCCGGCCCCGUCUCUGCUAAAAUGUCUAGCAUUGCUCUUCAAACCGAUGAUGAGCUUUUAACUCCCCUUUUGUCCAUGCAGAACACUCCUUUAAUUGUUAGUUCACAGACACCAAUUACGAGUGCUUCCAAUUGCUCGGUUUUUGUUCCUCCUCUGGCUCCCCCCUCUCUUGCCUCGACAGCUGGUCCCUCAGAAUCUACGGAUGCAACUACGCCUGCUGCUGGAGCCACUACUGUUAAUGUUGAAACUCUGCAGCGGACUAAUGCUGAAUUGGAACACGAAGCCCAAUUACUUAGGGAAACGAUUACAAAAAUGCAAGAACAUGCGACCAAGUCAAGAGAUGUAAUUCGCGAACUCCUGAUAGAAAAAGUAGAUAUAACUAUUUACUUGUUUACAGAUUUUUCUUUAAUAUUUUGA